AGUGUAGCGCAGCAGUCGCCUCUUUGUGUUCAGAGAGAAAAUGGAUCCGAGCCUCAAGUUUAACGUUUAAACCCUCAAUGAUGACGUUGAGCUGUGACCCGGUCAUUAUUUUAUCCGGGUCAGAGGUUCUCCAGGCUUUCUCUGAAGGUUUCAUGGGGAGAGCCACAUGAGGCGGCCCCAGAGCAUCAGCAGCAGGUCUCUGUCUGAUCUCCUGUGGAUUUUGCAGCUUCAGCUUCAUUUCCAGUUUUUUCUGCGGAUCAAAGAUCAAACCCCUGCUGAACGCUGAUUGGCUGAGAUGACCAACCAGGUGAUGAACACCUGUGACUCGGCGGUGGGCGGAGCUCCCCCAGAGGAAGCCACUUCUCUACAGGUGUUUCCGGACUCUACUGAGCGCGCUCCUAAGCUCUGCCGGCGGCUGCCCUCCAUCGUGGUGGAGCCCAGCGACGCAGACCAGGUGGAGAGUGGCGAGCUCCGCUGGCCUCCCGAUGAUGUCACACAGCGCCACCAGCAGGCGGCAGGGCGACCCAUGGAGGGGGCGGAGCCUCCGGAGCUGGUAAUGGGCGGAGUCUGAUGGCUCCAGUUUUACCCAGGUGAAGAGGCGGAGCUAACACACCUGAGAUAAUUGGAAGGCUGACCUCUGACCUCCGAGUACUCAUGAUAAAAAACAACCUUUUGAUGUAUUCGUUUUAUUUUUAUUGGUAUUUUUGGAAGAAACAUCUGAUUUAUUCUAACUCGUAUUUUUCACAGAUCAAUAAAUAGUUUGAUGAACUCUGGGCUUUUAUUUUGAAAUACCAAAACAAAGCCUUAAUUGUUCCACAAAAUGUUGGAGCUGCAGUUAUUCUUGUUCUGUAAGCAUAUUAUGAGUUAUUUAUUGGUUUGCUGGCUUUUCUUCCUUUUUUCAGAUCCAACAGAUUCUGAAUAUAAAAUUAUUUUUUCUCUGGUUCAUUUUAAAUAAGUUUAUUUUGUUUUUUCUGUACGUUUCCUGGUUUCCGUCCUCAGUCUAAUCAGCUGCUGUUUCUGUUUCCCAGAGAUCUUCUACUGAGCUGCGACCCAAAAUUGUUUCAGCUGAAUUCAAGCCUGAUUAAAAAAACAUUGUUUUUGUUUUUUAACUGUUUUUAAAUCCUCCCAACAGGGGGCGACAUUUUCUGCAUGGGGGCGGCUUUAGGUUUUAUUUUUUAUUAAUGUUUGAUUCAGAAAUUUUCUAGAAAAAACUUGGAAAUUUCUGAGUAUG